AUGGUUUCAGAAACAGUGGAGGUUCAACCUCUAGUGGAGUUUACGAACAUCAAAUGUGAUGCAGUGGACCCCAAUUUCUGCAAGUUCGAAUAUUGUCUUUUGAAAUCGGUUAACCGAACAUACAAAUAUUUUAUGGUUAAAUUGAAUCUCUAUAAAACUCCGCUUACCAAAGCCAAGGUGAACUUUGCCAUUUAUAAGUUUGCUAAUGGCUAUAAGCCCUUUCUCUACAAUAUUACUGUUGAUGCCUGCAAGUUCCUGCAAAAUCCUAAAUCCAACCCGGUUACUAACUACGUCUAUGGUUUCAUCAAGGAUUUUUCCAAUAUAAACCACUCUUGCCCUUACAAUGAUGAUUUUGUAGUGGAUAAAAUUACAACUGAGUUUUUUAACCAACGAGUGAAAUAUCUGCUGCCUUUUCCGGAGGGAAAGUACUUGUUUCAAAUGAACUGGAUGCCCUAUGGCAUUAUGCGAGCUGUGUUCAAGAUAUACAUCAUACUAUCUUAA